AUGCAUUCAUUACCGAUUGUCCAACUAGCUACAGCGUCCAAUAAAUCGCUAGCUGUAGCUAGUAAUACUGUGGAUAGUAGUUAUUACAGUUUAUCACCCGAUGCAGCGCCCGCUGUACCGGCGGCUUUACGUACCGCUAUUGUUAUUGCCAAUAGUGAUAAUCAACCGCCGAAUGAGGAUACUAAUCUGGUUAAAUUUUUAACUGAUGAAUUCAGUGAUGAAUUUGAAAAUCUACAUGAAUUAUGUCAUUAUACUAUUAAUUUACAUUCACUUACGAGGGAAGGCCACCAACUGCCCCGUCGCUUUUGA